AUGACCAAAUACCUGCUGCAGACCUACGGCCGGCUGAUGGACUGGAGGCUUUCCUCACAGACACAAUGUGACGGUCAGUACAUCCCCCUCCCCAGCCUGCAGGGCAUCGCAGUUUUAAACAUUCCCAGCUACGCAGGAGGGACCAACUUCUGGGGCGGCACCAAGGAGGACGACAUCUUCUGUGCCCCCUCUUUCGAUGAUAAGAUCCUGGAGGUGGUGGCUGUGUUUGGGAGCAUGCAGAUGGCCGUGUCCCGAGUCAUCAAGCUGCAGCACCACCGCAUCGCACAGUGUCGAACAGUGAAGAUCACCAUCCUGGGAGAUGAGGGCGUUCCCGUCCAGGUGGACGGAGAGGCCUGGAUCCAGCCGCCUGGAGUCAUCAAGAUCCAACACAAGAACCGCGCCCAGAUGCUCACCAGAGACCGGGCGUUUGAGAACACGUUGAAGUCGUGGGAGGAUAAGCUGAAGUACGAUAAGGCCCCUCUGAGACCUCACCUGUACCCUCAGCAGUCUGUGGAUCUGGCCACAGAAGAAGAAGCUGCUCAGGUGCAGCUGUGUGCCCGCGCUGCAGAGGAGCUCAUCACCAGGAUCUGUGAGGCAGCAAAGACCAACGGGCUGUUGGAGCAGGAGCUGGCUCAUGCUGUUAACGCCUCGUCGCACGCCAUCAACAAGACACACCCCAAGUUCCCAGAGGAUCUGGGGAUAUCGAAAGUGGGUCAUAUGAAGAGAAUUCUCCAGGGAACUAAGGACCUGGCCAAGGCCUCCAUGGUUGACCUUUAA